AUCCCCUCCAGCUCUAGCUCUGUGUACAUCUGAAAAGAUACAGCUGCUAAGAAAGUGAAAAGGAGUGAAGCAGAAGAAAAAGCACUGCUGCACAGGAAACUUUCCAAAAAUGAAGAUGCUCUUGGUUCUGCUUCUGCUGAGUGCCCUCCUGGGUGUCCACACAGUGCCCUCCCGGCGGCCCUCAUGCUACAAGAGGAUCCUGCACAACCACAGCUGCCACAGCAUCCCCGAAGGCAUGGCGAGCCUCCGGCGAGUUGAUGAGAGCCUGCAGGAUCACUUUUGGGAAGGGGAAGGCUGCGAGACCAUCUGUUACUGCAACUUCAAGGAACUGCUCUGCUGUCCAAAGGAGAUUUUCUUUGGACCGAAGAUAUCUUUUGUGAUCCCCUGUAACAGUGAGUGAUCAACACAUCAAGUCUGCCACUGAGGACAACUGACAUCAUUCUACAAUCACAAAAUAGGCUUUCAAGGGAAAAAACAAAGCCAGCAACAGCCAAAACAAAAUAAACCUCCUCUCUAAGCACACUGUAGAAACUAUCUUUCUGCUGGAGAAAAAUUUCCUUUCUACGCUUUGUGGAAUAUGUAAGAAGUUCUCCUUUUGGAUAUGGUAGCUGCCUUAAUUAGCUCCAUAAGGAUGUGAAAGACCGUACCUGCUCGUAAUGGUCCCAGUAUUCAUCCCCUAGCAAUAUAUAUACAUGCAUAUAUAUCCUUUAAAUAACCACAACAUUCUCAACUAAUUUUCAAAAAGGGACAUCAAGGUUAAGCCUUCACAUGGCUAAGAGUGACUCCUGCCAGAAUCCACUGCAGUGCAGCUUCCUAUUGUUUUAUUGCUGCUUUACAGAUAGCAUUGCUUUAAGUCGAUGCUAGUCAGUAUCUGGCAGUUCUGCACACAGCCUCCCACUUCUAUUUGGAUGUCUUCAAAAAACAAAACCCACUAAAUUACAUUACUCAUAUUUGAAAAUUUCACUGGAAAAGUCAAAAUUCAUAUUAAUAGCACUAAGGUACAUGUAAGUGAUAAUUAUGUCUAACUCGUUCAUUGCAUCAGAAAUCUUGAAGUGUUUAGCACUGAGCUUUUAAAACACCAUAACAGCAGUGAUAGAGUACAUAUAUAUUCAGAAAGACUUAGAAAGAGGAUGGGACAGUAACACAGAACGUGCAGUACAAAGCUAACUGUGUUCUGCCCCUUGAACUAGUGCAUUGCUCACCUAGGGACAUGGUUAGUGGGUAUGGUGGGAUGGGUUGAUGGUUGGACUAGAUGAUCUUAGAGGUCUUUUCCAACUUUAAUGAUUGUAUGAUAAUAACCUUAAAACACUACGCUGUGAAAACAGCUACCACCAGCACACCGAACUUCUUUCUAUGAAAUACCACAAAGACUGUUUUACUUCAUCUGUUAGUAAAUAACACUUGGAUAUGCGUAGUGGUAGGUUAAUUAUACAUAACCAAUAAUAAGAGUUUCAAGUAAAUCCAUAUUUACUAUUUUUGCCAAGUAAUUUUUAGACUCUUGAAACAAACAGCUUGUAUCAUCAGGCUUUUAAAGUCUGGUUCAUAUAAUUAUUCCCAAGUCAUUUGGGCUUCCAACAGAAUAAUCAAUUAAGGAGGAUGAAAGGGGGGGGGGAAUCUGGCAACUCACUGUCAAAAUUACCAAACUCAGUGUUCUGCCAAGAAAACAUAUGGUAUCCACUCUUGUGCAAAGUCCCCUGUAAGCUUCUAGUAGCAUUGAAGACAUGUAGUUUCUGUGGGUUGUGCCAUCUAGUUUUUGUUAAUCAGGUAGUGUGUAUCUGCCAUUCAUUCCAGAGCAACAGCAACAAAAAUUAAGGUAGAUGCACAGCUGGGUAGUAAAGCCAGUAGAUGAUCUCAGUUACUUCCCUUUCACCACUAUCGACGUAGGAAAAUACAUAAUCUGAUGGAAAAAACGUUUUGCCACUUUCCACGCACAGCAGUGUAGGGCCACAGACCUAUUUCCAAUAUAAGCUCGUUUUUGUUUCUCUUCUCACUCUCCUUCCCUCCAGAAAAACUUUCUAUGGGCCCUUCCAGACCUAUACAGGAACAUCCACCCCUGUUCUCCAUCCUGUAAUAAAGAAAAAGCCUUUAUCCUUCAGGUGUUCAAUUCAGCACUGGGUUCCCUGGCUGUCUCUCCAAAUAAUGCUAUGAAGAUAACAAACGUAACUUGUGCAAAAAGAUCCUUCAUUAACAACUUUACAGUCAUUGCCAUGAAAUGAGUACUGAAACAUCUUUCCAAAGGAAUAUCAACUUUACCCCUGACCAGCUUGAUAUCACUAACCAGCUUGAACUUCAGCCAACACUGCAAAACUCCAAUGUGGAAAGAUAUGACACUGUGAGUGAAAGAAAUUAGGGUACUUAUAGCUCCUUGAGAAGGAAGCCAGUUUGAGUUUUGGGUUUAUUAUUCGGUUUUAAGCAACAGAGUGCCACAGGUCAAAGAGCAAAAUGGAGCAUCUUGGUUGCAGUGAUGUCUUUCAAAAAAACUUCACAAGGUUAAUACCAGCAGAUCAGAUCACAGAAAUACAGCUUGCUCAUUUUUCCCCACAUUUUAAAAGGAGCUUUGGAAAAUCUGCUAAGGUCAGAAGUUGCAAUGAAUGCUAACUGAAUAAACUAAAGCUGUGUUUUCCUCUUCUUUAAGCUGCUUCUCCUUCUGCCUUUUCUUCAGCCAAUGCACACAGCUUAAAGCAAAAAGAAAUCGCGUUUCACGUACCACAUGUUUAGAUUAAUAUAAAGCUAACAAUGAAAAUACAAGAAAUCAUACAUAACACUGUCUUUAACAUCACAGACUUUACUAAGAUAUCAAAUUAAAAUAAUAUUUUGCUCGUGUUA